AAUGUGGAACAACCAUGCAUCGAAUUCUGCGGAGGAGAAAAGUGCGCAAACUUCGCUUCGUCUGGGCAUUCAUGGCCAUGGUGGCUCUGUCGCUCUCCGCCUGCAGCGCACUGUUUACGGCGUGGACCUGGAGACAGACGCGGGACCUGUCCCAGUCAUUAAAAACUCUGCAAGACCGAUUGGAGCAGGUGAAUACUCAGCGGAAGGCCAUUGUCCAACUCAUCAUGGAGAAGAGAGAUUUGCUGGUGGGCCAAAGGGUGAAGAGAGAUGAGGGAACUGGGAAAGGGAAGAAUGGACAUGGAAAGAAAGUGGCUUCUCAGUUUGAGAUAACCAAAGAGUCUGUUCAGAAAGUGGGAGAGGACGGCUUGAUAAAAGGAUGGACGGACUCCGAGCACUUGAAUAUGAGCAAGGCGGUGAAGUACAACGCAGACAGAGGCAUCUUCACAGUGGAGAAAACGGGAGUCUACUUCCUGUACUGUCAGGUGUUGUUCAAUGAGAACCAGUCUCAGCUGGUGAAGCUGGACGUGGCGGUGGUGAGGGGGAGCCAGCGGCUUCAGAGGUUACAGUGCAUGGAGGGCUAUGGGACUACGCCUGCAGCCGGAUCACACCAGUUCCACUUCCUCAAACCCUGCCAGGUGUCCGGCCUGCUGCGGCUGGAGAAGGGGGUGGAGCUAAAAGCCAUCACAGGCCCCGCUUUCAACCUCCACAUCACGGGAAAGCAUUACUUCGGUCUCUUUAAGGUCAACUGAGCUACCGGAGAGGAUGGACAUUUUAAAAGGAAGGAGGAGAAACCUGUUUUAAAGGAAGUGUUUUGUCUUACUCCGACCUGUAUCAAAGAGACACACCAAUGUGAUAUUUACGGAAUCGUUUUUAUUGUGAAAUCUGGACCAACGAUCUGAAUCAUGUUACCUACAGACACUCUGUAUGAUACCUUUUCAAAGACAGAAUCUAUAAGGAAGACUUAAAGUGAAACUAUAUUAUGCACUUCUAGACUCUCCAAGAGUUUCUACCCCUGCUUCUUUGAAGAUUUAAAACUAAUGGAAUAUUCUCUGGAUCAGUUGAUGGAUCUCUUUUGGAGCACAACACAUCCACCUGACUCUUCUUUCACCGUGACUUGGCCUGACGACAGCAGGUGCACCUCUCUGAGGAGCUAAGCUGGUGGACUACUGAAUGAGAAGGAUUUUGGAUGAUGAGCUCUACAACUCUUGUCUCUUUUCCAUUGUAAUCCUAGCUUAGGUUAUUUCAGUAGCUUGGAGAUAAUAUAAGCAGCCCCCCCCGCCCUCCUUCAGAACAGCCUCAGUUCGUCAGGGCAUGAACUAUACAAUGUGUCAAAAGUGUUCCACAUGGAUGUUGGCCCAUGUUGACUCCAAU